AUGUCGGGGCUCCACCCCAUUAAUAUUUGGUUUGAGAACGGAUGGCCCCAGUCCUGGCAAUGGACAAUGCUGGCCCCCCAUAUCAGAUGCUGCCCCGAAGGUACCGCUCAUCUCGCGUGGCAGAAUUUCCCAACUCUUCAAAUCCUGAACAACACCAACACCAACCGUCUUUCCCCGGAUGAGACACCAAACGACGGUAGCGAGACAGUUGGCAAGCGUAAUACUGAUCCGUCAGUGUCAGACAUUUCCAAGGAUGAGAGCUGCUUGAACCAGGACGCGGUCGGGAAGAACUGUGCCUCUGCGAUUGCCCACAACCGCUCAGAGCCGCUAUCAUAUUCUGGAAAGCAAGAUUUUCUUGAAUGGCAAGCACCAGGCAAGAUUGUCGGGCCAAAUGACUCAUACAUCACGACAACAACUGCCGGGGAGCCCAAGUUUGUGGUCUUGAGUUCCCAAUUGAACUUGACCUACUCGCCAUUGACCGUGACGGGUGACAACACCGGUUACACGUAUCCACCGGAGCAUUUCGUGUAUGGCAAUGAUGGUAUUAUCAAUGGCACUAUGGCCAUCAUGCUGACCGAUCUUAACCUCUUCGUCACCCCUUUCAACUUGACCAUGCUCAAUCCUCACCUUGUCGCCCUCGGUUUGUACAUGACCGGUUAA